GCCCGCCCCAGCCCCCCGGCCCCGACCCCGGCCCCGACCCCGACCCCGACCCCGACCCCCGGCCGGGCCAUGCGGUUCCGCUUCGGCGUGGUGGUGCCGCCCGCGGCGGCCGGGGCGGAGCUGCUGGUCGUGGGGUCGCGGCCCGAGCUGGGGCGCUGGGAGCCGCGCGGGGCGGUGCGGCUGCGGCCGGCGGGGGCGGCGGGGCGGCGGGAGCCCGCGCUGUGGCUCGGGGAGGCGGAGCUGCGGCCGGAGCCCGGGGCCGGGGCCGGGGCCGGGGCCGAGGGGCAGCCCGGCCGGGUGGGCGCCUUCUGGUACAAGUUCCUGCAGAGGGAGCCGGGCGGAGCCGUCUCCUGGGAAGGCAAUGGGCCUCACGAUGACCGCUGCUGUACUUAUAAUGAAAACAACUUGGUGGAUGGUGUUUAUUGUCUCCCGAUAGGACACUGGAUUGAGGCCACUGGGCACACCAAUGAGAUGAAACACACAACAGACUUCUAUUUUAAUAUUGCAGGUCACCAAGCCAUGCAUUAUUCAAGAAUUCUACCAAAUAUCUGGCUGGGCAGCUGUCCUCGCCAAGUGGAACAUGUAACCAUCAAAUUGAAACAUGAAUUGGGGAUUACAGCUGUGAUGAAUUUCCAGACUGAAUGGGACAUUGUACAGAAUUCUUCAGGCUGCAAUCGCUACCAAGAGCCCAUGACUCCAGACACCAUGACUAGAUUGUAUAAGGAUGAAGGCAUAGCCUACAUCUGGAUGCCAACACCAGACAUGAGCACUGAAGGCCGAAUUCAGAUGCUGCCCCAGGCAGUCUGUCUCCUCCACUCGCUGCUGGAAAAUGGGCACACGGUUUAUGUCCACUGCAACGCCGGUGUGGGCCGCUCCACUGCUGCUGUGUGUGGCUGGCUCUCUUAUGUGCUGGGCUGGAAGCUCAGGAAGGUGCAGUACUUCGUUAUGGCCAAAAGACCGGCCGUGUACAUCGAUGAAGACGCCUUAGCCCGGGCAGAAGAAGAUUUUUUCCAGAAGUUUGGAAAGGUUCGUUCAUCCAUAUGCAACAUAUAGGUGGGUGGUCUGCCCCCUCAUGCCCACCACCCUCUUCCUGGAUUUCCUUAGAAGGCACUGAAAAGAUUGUGUGGCCCGUGGAGCUGACUUUCUGUUACACUUGGACUGAGCUGUGUCUUUGGAAAAUUUGAGGCAGGGAACUGUGACAACAAGAAACGCUGAGCAUGUAGACCUUGCAGUGUUGUCCUUGCAAUGUUGUUUUACCACCACGCAAGAGAAGCAGCGUGUGUCCUCAGGCAGAGCGCUCCUGUCCCCUUUGCUUUAUGGACGCUGCCUUAGCUGUGGGCUGCAUUCACAGCUGUGCUUUGUUGCUUCACUACAGAUUGGCAUGCAAACAGAGAGGGAGGUGAAUUUCUUCACCUGUGCUCAUACACGGAUGCACAUCUGCCAAACUGAAAUGAAGUCAUAAAAAAAGAGAGAUGUCAAUUGUCAGAGAAAGAAGUAGGGUAGAAACCUGGAUUCUGACCAGAGCUCCCACCUAAAAAGAAUUUUGGUCCAUAUGGCCAGAGGGGGAUAAAGGAAAAGGAAGCUUCCAAUGGAGAAGCUGGGACACGGAGCUCUGGUGGUGGGAACUGUGUGGAAUUGUCCCCCCUGUGAUCUUACAAUCUUGUUAAUCAUCAUUAAACCACUAUUAAAAAAAAAACUUGACUCUGACAAAGAAAGUGUUCAAUAUUACCAGAAAAUAAAGACUUUAAAACU